AUGGCGUCCCUGCUUGAGCUUGACAGUAACGACUGCUAUUUGGUAAACAACGUGUUGAAAGGAGAGCUUAUCAUCACUGCCUUUGACUUAUUAAAGAAUGAAGUCGCCUGGCAGGCGAUGAAUCAUCGCGGGAACGAAGUACCCCGCCUCGUCGCUGUUCAGGGCCAAGUGGAAGAGGAUGGAUCCUUUCCGAUCUACCGCCAUCCUGCAGACAAUUCCCCACCGUGUCUCCCCUUCACCCCGACCGUCCUCUACAUCAAGCGCGAAGUUGAGAAGGUACUGACGCACAGCCUCAAUCAUGUUCUCAUCCAGAUGUACCGAGAUGGCAAUGAUGCGAUCUCGGAGCAUUCUGACAAAACGAUCGAUGUUGUGAAAGACUCCAAAAUCGUAAAUGUUAGCUUAGGCGCUCAGCGUACCAUGGUUCUCAGGCCGAAGAAGUCAACCGCUCAGUCAGCCGCUAAGGCAGCAGGGGAACCCACUCCCGACUUUGGCUCACCAAAUUAUAGACGUCCGAUCCGAAUUCCGCUGCCCCACAACUCAAUGGUAAACACAUCGAAUGUUCACAGUGACAUGAAUCUGAACGUGAAUUCAAAGUUCAUUCUGGGUUUGAAGACAAAUCGAUAUUGGCUUCAUGCCAUAAAUCGUGACAAACGGCCUGAUGUCGAGAAAUCGGAAGCCGAACUCUCUCCCGACACCGAAGGCGUUCGUAUCAGUCUUACAUUCCGAUGUAUUGGUACCUUCUGCACUGCAGAUGAAAAGCACAUAUGGGGACAGGGGGCAACGGGAAAGAGGCGGGAAGAUGCCAAACCGACGACCCCGAAGAGUCCAGAGUAUCGUGAAGAUCGCAUCAACCUUAUCCGUGCGUUCUCUAAGGAGAAUCAGGAAUGCAACCUUGACUGGGAUGUCAUAUAUGGUGCAGGUUCGGAUGUGCUACAUCUUGAGGGCGUCGAGUGA